AUGGCCAUCCUUUUAAAGCUGCCGUUUGGGACGGAUUUGAAUAUAUACCAAGUCUUUAGGCAUCGUAAGAAAGCGGAACACCUUCUUGUACUUAAUGAUACGCUCCACUUAAAUAUUAGAGAAGGAUUGCACAAAAAAGUGUUCUACAAGGCCCAGGUCGAUAUCAUGACAUUAGAGGUUAAAAGACCUCAUGAUACCAACCAUUACGGCCAUAAUAGGAUGUAUGAAUUAUGUAAAAAUUAUUUCUUUACAAAAUCCAGAACUAUUGUUAGAGAUCUUGUUGCAGGCUGUAAUACUUGUAAAACAUCACAAUCUUUAAAGCAAAAAGAGCCAUUUAUGCAUGUUGCGGACACCUAUCGCUUUGAGCACAUUAUGAUAGACUUAAUCGAUCUUAAGAGUUAUAAAACAACAAACCUGGGUUUUUUUGUUGAAUACUUAAUGUGA